CGAAAGAAAUUCCUGAAAAUUUACAAAUAAGCAUUCAGGAGCAAUUCCAAUAUUCCGGAUUAAAAGGAAAAUUGGGUGAAGUUAGAAUGUUUUAUGGUCUAGGUGGAAAUGAUGCGAAUAUUCCAAAAAAAAUCGCUGUGGUGGCUUUGGGAAUUAAUAAAAGUUCUGAGCAAAGCCAUAAUGUUUCUGAAGCCUUAGAGAUAACUCGCAAAGCGACGGCUAUUGGAGUUCGUUCUUUACGAGAGUUAGAUGUUAAACAUGUUGGAGUUGAUGUUAUGCUUCAUGAACAUGGCGCAGCUGAAGGUGCCACACUAGGCCUCUAUAGGUUCGAUA